AUGCUUCGCUUGGGCUCUGCCAAGCCUGGGUCCUGGGCCAGCUUCUGGGCCAUCCUGACCUUGGUGGGGCUGGCCACUCGAGCAGCUCAGAGAGCCGAUGUGGGCAGCGAGGCCACGGGCACCCCCAUCAACCACUCCCAGACGCUGCUCCAGCGCUUGCAGGAGCUGCUAAGGCAGGGCAACGCCAGCGACGUGGUUCUGCGGGUGCAGGCAGUGGGUACCGACGAGGUCCGCGUCUUCCACACGCACCGCCUGCUGCUCGGCCUGCACAGUGAGCUGUUCCGGGAGCUGCUGAGGAACCAGAGCGAGGUGGCGCUUCAGGAGCCCCGGGACUGUGCUGCCGUCUUCGACAAGUUCAUCAGGUACCUCUACUGCGGGGAGCUGACCGUGCUGCUGGCCCAGGCCAUCCCCCUGCACAGGCUGGCCACCAAGUACGGCGUGGCCUCCCUGCAGCGCGGCGUGGCCGACUACAUGCGUACGCACCUGGCGGGCGGAGCGGGCCCGGCGGUGGGCUGGUACCACUACGCGGUGAGCACCGGGGACGAGGCCCUGCGCCAGAGCUGCUUACAGUUCCUGGCCUGGAACCUGUCGGCCGUGGCAGCGAGCGCAGAGUGGGGCGCCGUGAGCCCCGAGCUGCUGGCGCAGCUCCUGCCGCGCUCGGACCUGGUGCUGCAGGACGAGCUGGAGCUGUUCCACGCGCUCGAGGCGUGGCUGGGCCGCACCCGGCCACCCCCCGCCGUGGCCGAGCGCGCGCUGCGGGCCAUCCGCUACCCCAUGAUCCCGCCGGCGCAGCUCUUCCAGCUUCAGGCGCGCUCGGCGGCCCUCGCGCGCCACGGCGAGGCGGUGGCCGACCUGCUGCUGCAGGCCUACCAGUUCCACGCCGCCUCGCCGCUGCACUUCGCCAAGUUCUUCGACGUCAACGGCAGCGCCUUCCUGCCCCGCAACUACCUCGCGCCCGCCUGGGGCGCCCCGUGGGUCAUCAACAACCCGGCCCGGGACGACCGCAGCACCAGCUUCCAGACGCAGCUGGGCCCGAGCGGCCACGACGCGGGCCGCCGGGUCACGUGGAACGUGCUCUUCUCGCCGCGCUGGCUCCCUGUCAGCCUGCGGCCCGUCUACGCGGACACCGCGGGCACCGCGCUGCCCGCCGCGCGCCCGGAGGACGGCCGGCCGCGCCUGGUGGUCACGCCGGCCACCAGCGGCGGCGACGCCGCGGGCGUGAGCUUCCAGAAGACCGUGCUGGUGGGGGCGCGCCAGCACGGCCGCCUGCUGGUCCGCCACGCCUACAGCUUCCACCAGAGCAGCGAGGAGGCGGGCGACUUCCUGGCGCACGCCGACCUGCAGCGGCGCAACUCCGAGUACCUGGUGGAGAACGCCCUGCACCUCCACCUCAUCGUCAAGCCGGUCUACCACACCCUCAUCCGGACCCCCAAGUAGCCAAGCGGGGCCGGGUGGGAAGCUGAGCAGCCC